AUGGCUGCCAUCAGUCUCCUGGAUGAGCAAAAUCAGUACUUUCUCUCUGUUGUGCAUGCCGCCACGAUAGAAAAUCCAACUGUCCGGCGCUCCGACUGGUUUGGGUGCGAGAAAAUUUUCUUUCGAGGAGGCAUCUGCGAGAGAACUAUCACGCGUGGGUAUGAAUCGCCAGCAUCUCCGAUCUACGAAAUUCCCGAUCUCCAAGUUUUGGAGGAGACUAAAUCACUCCCUGUGGUUGAUGGCAGGUCUGCCAAUUUCAAAUACUAUGCGGGAACACCAAUCACAACUACGCAGGGCCUUAAUGUCGGUGCACUAUUCAUCUUCAAGAAGAACUACCUCUCACAACCCUUGUCCUCAACUAAACGGAAGUUUAUAAUCGAGACGGCCCUCUCCGCGACGGAGCAUCUUGCGCAAACCAUUGGAGCCAUUGAGAACACACGUUCCUUAGCUUUCAAUGCAUCGAUCUCCUCGCUUCCGGACUAUGACAAGCCGGGCUCAGCAUCACAUGUGGCAGACGUGAUGAACUCCAUCGGAAACGUCGAGAGCCUCAAGUCGGAAUUGUACGGCACUGCUGCCCACCUCUUGUUGCAAACGCUUGAUCUUGAACACGUCGUAAUCCAGAAGGUCUUGCGCAAGGGAGAGCUCCUGGGCACUAGUGCGAAGACUUCCGCUGAAUCAAUCCUCGCUGAAUACCACGACCCGUCAGCUGGUCCUUCCCAGCCUGUUCCUCAACAGCUUGUCGAACAACUAUUGCGCUCCUGGCCUAGCGGCGUCAUCCUGCAACUCGCCUCCGCGGAUCAAGAUGAUUUCUUCAUACCAUCGGUACAGCAAGACUCGAAUGCAAGGGAGCACAUCCAGAUUGCUCUAGGCGACUAUUGUCCUGGUAUUCAACAAUGCAUUUUCAUGCCUCUUAGGGAUUACUUCCACGACCGACAUACGGCCGUUAUCUUCGGUUGGACUAGAGGUUUCAAUAGGGUGUAUGCUGGCAGUACUGAUCUUCCAUCCGUAGCCUCUUUUGGGACCGCGCUCAUGACGCAACUCCGGCGUUUGGAAACACUGGCCUUGACCAGGAAACAAUCGGAUUUUCUUGGAUCAGUCUCACAUGAGAUGCGAAGCCCACUUCACGGCAUCUUAGCGUGUAUAGAACAUCUCCGGACGACCGAUUGUUCUGCACAACAGCUCGAUCUGCUAGAAAGCGCCGCCGCUUGCGGACUGCAGCUAAACAACAACAUUGACAAUAUUCUUCAAAUUUCUCAGAUCGGAGUAUCGAGCCCCACAACGAGGACGUCGAAACAAUCCCUGCUUAGAAGCGAUGCAGACAUGACUUCACAAUCACACGGCGCUCAACGCCACCCUAGUACAAACACCUUACUCCACCAUAUCACGAGUUUGGUCGAUGAGACCAUGCGGCUACACGAAUGUAUCACCACGCCUUUGCAGAUAGUGGAUCACGAUAUGAAUAUAGUGCCCACAAGGAUGGCGCACACACUUGUUACACUGGACGCCCCAUUGGAGGCCGAUAUCUCAAUUGUUUAUUGUCCAGCACUCGACGCUAUAGUGAAAAAUCUUUGUCAAAAUUGCCUGAAAUUCGCGCGAGAAGGUAGCUGCGUUCGAAUCAGCGUGCAAGCUGACGAGGAAAAUGUCAACAUUUUCUUCACCGACUCUGGCCGUGGCUUCUCACAAGACUUCCUCACCCAUGGUCUUUUCAAGCUUUUCUCCCAGCAAGACCCCUUGGACCCCGGACUUGGACUUGGCCUCACCCUGGUACAACGCGCGGUCCGCGAUCUGGGUGGUAGCAUUAAAUUUGACAGCGACGAGUCGACAGGAAGCGAGGUCCAGGUUUCCCUGCCUCGUUGCCAGUUAGAUUCCACGCGACACGACUCCCUGGGGCAAGCGGUGUCAAACUUGGACCCGUGGAACCUCAAACUUGACGCCUCUGAUCUCGCAGAUGUACAACUUUUCACUCCGGCGCAAUGGCGAGAUCAAUCAGAUCCGCGGAAUUUUCGCUCUAUGAGAGCAAUGGCUGAUUCACUCGAUCAUACAUUCCGUACUUGGCUCGGGAUUCGCUGCAAAUGUUGGGAUGCAGAAGGAGAAAAGCCCAAGAUCCUUCUCAUCCUUGACACUGAUUUGCAACACGCGCGAGAGGCGCUGGGCGGUGAUUUCCCGGUAACCUGGAAAAUAAUCAUAUACCCGGAGUCGACUUUUCAACCGCAACCGUCCGAGCAGGGAGUCUUUGUGGGUGUGACAGGCUCCCUCAACCCUUUCAAACUACGAGCUGCAUUGCUGAAAUGUCACGAACUGCAAUCUGCAAGGAACCAUGAAGCGCAACAGCCUUGCAUCAAGACGGAUUAUGCACCAAGCUUUGAUACAACACCUUCAGUACAGCACGUGGCCAUAGCUAACACUAGCAGUUUGAACAAGUCGCCCACAAUCCAUGUUACCAUCAAGGAAAUCGAAGCGCCUCUACAAGUGCUUCGUCUAAACUCAGAGUCGAAUGACGUAGAAGUGAAACGAGAACCCCGAUUCCUGCUUGUUGAUGACAAUGCGAUCAACCUCAAGGUUAUCGGCAUUUUCGCCAAGAAAUGCAGCGAGGAGCCCUUUACGCUCGCCGCAGGAGGCCAAGAAGCCAUCGAUGCAUUCAAGACCACGCAAAACGGCACUGAUGAUAAAGCUUCAGCGCCACGUUUCGAUAUUAUCCUGCUCGAUCUUUCCAUGCCUGAGGUGUCAGGAUUUGAGGCCGCGUCGACUAUCCGAUCGAUAGAAAAGGCCGCUGAUGAUCGGUCGCGGACUUACAUCGCAGCUUUGACGGGCUUGGUUAGCGAGAAAGAUCGCAACGCGGCUUUCGCAGCCGGAGUGGACGAGUAUGUCACCAAGCCGGCCUCUAUUCAAGAUCUACGCGGCGUGGUCAGCAACUGGAGAAAAACCAUACCUCCAGCUUGA